CCAAGGGAUCGCUGAAAGAUUGGUCAAACAUAAUAUAUAGCAGUAUAACUAGUACUGACUACCCAACCGCAACGUGUGCAGGAUGAAGAAAGCAUCCUCAGGGGAUGGCAUCCGGAGCUCGCUACUGCCAUCAGACCCUUCGCAACACUACGACCGCCCACAGCACACUGCCAAAUCGCCAUGCUUGUGAUCCCCGCAGAUGUCCUACUGCAGGUAUACCAAGCCACGCUGGGACGAGCCCCAUUUCUGAUUCAAAAUCUCUCGUUCAGCGAUUGGGCUUCGCUCGUCCAUAUCAUGCAGAACAAGCCAGAGGAGCUCGAUGCCAAAAUUCGAGACUUUGCCAACAACAUCGCGGAUUCCUGCAGAAAGGCGGCUAUCGAGAACAGAGAACUGAACCUUAUCAUUGCCAAAGUUGAGAAGAUCAUUCUCGAGCUACAUGGAUAUGACACGUCGCACCUAGAUUCCGCAGGACAGAUCUCCUUUACAGAGAGAAGCGAAACCUUCAGCGAGACCUACAUCAAUCGCAUGUCGCUCUCGCAGGCCGAACUCGAGUACUUCAGAAAGAAGGAGGCCGAAUGGAGGAGCAAUGCACAUACUGAGCUCACACCAAUCACAAGAGACGCUGGCCAUAAGUACGCUAAGAAUAGCCCAUUUUUGCCGUUGGCAUCCAGCACCUGGACGGAAAAGGCCGUACUACGCGUCCACAACCUUCUCUGGAAACUUGACACCUUCAACUACACGGCGCCAAUCAGUGUCGAAGCAUACAUGGCGCUUGCUGGGAUCACAGAUGCAGAAGUAGAUAACUGUCGCGCUGCUGCUAGGAAUGGCACUAUCUACUUUCCUGCGACUAGAAGCGGUUUAGACGCAGAGUUCCCGCCAAUUGCCAAUCUCGAGAAGGGAAAAUAUCCAAAGAGACCGCUCCUCCACCAAAAAGGCAUCCCGAAGUUCCCCACAAAUGUCUCUGAGCUUAAAAAGAUCUGGAAUGCAGGAAGGCCUUACCUGAAGUGUACAUGCAACGGAUGCGAGAGCAACUUCACAUGGUUCGACCACAUGAUCUGAUACGUCAUCGGUAACCUGGACAAGAUAGACCCACAGGCUCCAUCGGACAAGAUCAGGAUGCUCGAGUUCC